CCGUUCGUUCACCAUCCCUUCCACACACAUGGCUUCACAGCCAACCUGCAGCUUAUAAAGACCAGCUCUGCUCGACAGGUCAGCACACAGGACCUACACUCUUUACUCUGGGUGCGUCGCAAGCACCGCAUCAGGUGAAGUCACACAAUGGAGCUGAAACCUCUUCUGAAAAAGCUGCUGUCGAUACUCCGAGCGGUCUUCACCUUCAUCUUUGCGUUGGCCGUUUUGGGCGUGAUGGUGUGGGCAUACGUCAAGGGCCGACAGCUGGUCAAGUCCAUGUACGGAAUCAUCUCCUUCGGUAUUUACGGCCUCCUGCUGUCGCUCCACGUGCUGGUCCAGAGCAUCUUCGCCUACAUCGAGCAGCGGGGGAUGAAAGCUCGAAAGACUCCUUGCACUUUCACCAAGACCAUCGGCUUCACCAUAUCAGCCUACCAGGAGGACCCGGUCUACCUCAGAGAGUGCCUCAACUCCAUCCGGGCCCUAAACUACCCGUCCGAGCUGCUGCGCAUCAUCAUGGUGGUGGACGGGAACUCGGAAGACGACAUGUACAUGAUGGACAUGUUCAGAGAGGUGUUUGCUGACCGGGACCCGGGUUGUUACGUGUGGUACAACAACUACCACACCUGGGAUCCCACCAUGGACACAGCUUCUGUGGGCUCAGGAGUGGAGGCAGACUAUAUUCUAGAAAUGGAGGACCCACAACGGCGCGAAGUGGAGCACCUGAUCCAGACCAAGAACUGCGUGUGCAUCAUGCAGCAGUGGGGGGGCAAGCGGGAGGUGAUGUACACCGCCUUCAAAGCCCUCGGAGAUACAGUGGAGUACAUCCAGGUGUGCGACUCAGACACCAAAUUGGACGCCAUGGCCACGGUGGAGCUGUGUAAGGUGCUGGAGAGCAACCCCAAGUACGGCGCAGUCGGCGGAGAUGUGAUGAUCCUCAACAUGAAGGACUCCUACAUCAGCUUCAUGAGCAGCCUUCGCUACUGGAUGGCCUUCAACAUAGAAAGGUCCUGUCAGUCCUUCUUCAACUGCGUCUCCUGCAUCAGUGGACCUUUGGGCUUGUACAGGAACGAUCUCCUGCAGGCGUUUCUGGAAUCUUGGUACAAUCAGAAGUUUUUAGGGACUCAUUGCACUUUUGGAGACGACAGACAUCUCACCAACCGUAUGCUGAGCAUGGGCUACGCCACAAAAUACACGGCUAACUCCAAAUGCUACACCGAGACGCCCGCUCAGUUCUUGCGUUGGCUCAACCAGCAAACCCGCUGGACCAAGUCGUACUUCCGCGAGUGGCUCUUCAACGCCAUGUGGUGGCACAAGCACCACCUGUGGAUGACGUACGAGUCCAUUGUUUCCGGGGUGUUCCCCUUUUUCGUCACAGCCACCAUCAUCCAGGUGUUCUGGACGGGCACGCUGUGGGACAUCCUGUGGGUGCUGUGCUGCAUCCAGCUAAUCGGGCUGGUGAAGGCCGCCUACGCCUGCAUCUUGCGCAGGGACGCGGUGAUGGUGUUCAUGUCGCUCUACUCCGCCUUGUACAUGACCAGCUUGUUGCCCGCCAAGUACUUUGCCAUCCUCACCAUGAACAAAAGCAGCUGGGGGACGUCGGGUCGAAAGAAGAUAGUGGGCAACUACAUGCCGCUCCUGCCCUUGUCGGUGUGGACAGCGCUUCUGUUAUCUGGGAUGUUUUACACUAUCUGGAGGGAGAGCAUCGAGAACUGGUACACAAGUAAAGAGACUGGAAACUGAAUUUCUUGUCUUUGGCUGUGUGGCCUAUUUGUGUUACUGGCUGCUGAUGAUGGUUUUAUACUGGGUGUGGUUCCGUCGGUUGUGUCGGAAACGCUCAAAAAGUUACUCGUUGGAUGUGUAGGUAGGUCCACAGUAUCCCAGCAACUUAAUUUAUUAUACUGUCUGUUAUUUUUUAUGUAUUUAUUUAAUUGGUCUCCAAACUCAGGGCAAUGCAGGUUUUUCCCUGUUGCUGCUAAACCAACAAACACAAAAUGGCGUAUUGAUGGGUUUAACUCAACAAACGCCAAAAGAGCAAACUCUGACAUGGAGAUGUUGCACAUUUAAGUGAAACGUAGGGCUUUAGCCUAUGCACUUCUUACGUUUUCCUUCUUUUUUAUGUAAGUGAGCGAUUGUGUUGUGUGAAUAUUUAUGUUCAUAUAGAUGAACUUUGCUUAAGUCGCCACACACAUCCGAUACUUGACUCAUGAAGACUUUGACGUUCUCCUCCUCCCCCUUCUCCUGACUGACAAGCUGAUGGCUUACAAUCACUGUGGGCCACAGAGAGCUCCAACCAAAAGGUGGUAAAUGUUUGACAGCAAGAUACGUGUCAAACUAAGAUAAGCCAUUAGCCGUCUUUGCAUUUGGAAAGAAGCGUCUUGGCAGUUUGUUACUGUUCACGCCAGUCAAACGUAGACGAACGCAAUAGCUUUCUUUGUGCAAACAUGCUGAACGAAUUGGUUUCUACACGGCUUUAUAAAGUCUGAAGACUUCAACAGAGGCGCAGCAGCUUGAGAUAAAUAAAGAAGAGAAAAGCGCAUUCUUCAACCAAAAACUUGACAAAAUAUGCUCCGGACAGUUUUACAGAGUGUAGGGGGACUAAUAUUCUCUCAGAUGGGACUCACUGUGCCACACUUUUGCAAAGAAGAAUCAACCGGACACCCGCAGUGGACAUUUGUAAAUGAAGAACGAGACACUGGUUCUCAGGAUGAAAUUAUAUAGUAGUUCCUCAAUUUACAAUCUCAGUAACUUUUCUCAAAUCUCCCAUUGAAAUGCCCUGCCCCUAAACAGCAUAAUUUUAACAUGUGACAUGCCUUUCAACCAGAAAAACAAACUUUUAAAAUUAUUGUAUAAAAACAAUACUAUAGAAUGCACUAGAAACAAAGGGAAAUUCAAGAAUGUACAUCAUUAUUAUUGGAGAGUGGACUUAUCUCCUUCCAGCUGCUUCUCCAUUAUUUUGCAUUGAUAAAUGUCCACCGUUUCAAUUAUAUUUUAUCAUCGUUACCAUCUUUAGCAUGGUGUCGACUAGCAAAGUUUGUCACACGCUCAGUCAUGUUUUCAAUGGUUUCUUCAAUCAUUUAAUGACUAUAAUCCACUCCUGCUUCUCAUCACUGUCCUUCACACUCACUUUCUUCCUUCCCAUGGUUGGAAAAACUAACUUAUGUCCAUCUCUAGUUUUAAGUUAAUGCUAGCGAGUAAGACCAGAUGUUUUGGUUAGAUAUAACAGGGCUCACUGUUUGAUAGGCCAACUAAUGGUGGGGAUGCUUGUGACUAAAAUGUUUGCUUGCAACUUAAAGCAUAACAAUCAGCCAAGAGACAGCUCUUAUCUCAAAACACUCUUAAGUUGAGGUACCACUGUAUGGUAAAGGGUGCUCAGUGCGGGUGGAAAAGACUUGAGAUUUCAACAAGACUUUAACAAAAUACUCGAGCCUUGACUAGGAAUUGCAUCUCAGAGACGUGAUUGCGCUCAAAAUGACUUCUCUGAAAUAUUUCUGUAAGAACCACUAAAUUAAAAAGGUGUCUUGGUGCCAGUUUCGUGACAGAAUUACUUAUACACGUCUUUUGUUGUUGCACUGGACUUUUGACAGCACUUUUCUGCAGGGUCGCACAUUUAAAAAAAAAAAAACGCAACGUGAAGGGAUGGGAAUUCCCGAAUAAAGCAUGCACUUAAUGAAUGUUUCAGAUGACCCUUGCUUUGGAAUCACUUUUGUAAAAGAAAAUUGUGGUAUGAGGGAUAUGUGAAAAUUCAGUCCACGUCGUUCCCAGAGACCUUCAUUGACAUUUCUCAGAGCCAUAACAUCGAGUUCCUGAUAAGAAACGACUCCCACACUCACAGGGAGAAACCUUCGUUUUGGUAUUUGUUGCUCCUUUGUUCAUGAAGGCAUGUAUCAGGUGUGCAACUAUGACUGCAUGAAAUUAAUAUUUAAGGUACUUUUAGACUUCUCAGAUCCAUUCCAAUACACAUAAAGUACAUGCAAUGAUGAAAUGUAAACAAUGUACUGUAGACUGUGUGAUGGUGUCAAGUGUAGGUGUACUGUGUGGGGCCAGU